AUGUAUCAUUUGGAGAAGAAAAGGGAAAAAAUAUUGUUAGCUUGGAGGAGGCAUGGCAACGGAGGGAACAGAGGGGCAAAGGCAGCAGUGGAGGUGGUGACCACUGAAAACAUAGAGGUUAACGAGGCUGAUGAAGCAAGCGUUGGCAGUGGGGGAGGUGGAUCAGGCGGCCGGAGAGAGGGAACAAUGGAAAUCAGUAGAACUGAGAACUCUGAAGAGUUGAGAUCAUCAAGGUCUGACGAUGAUUUGGUUGAAGCAGAAGGUCACUAUAAGGGAGGAGAUCACGGUCGUAGGGAUCACGUAAAUGGAAUGGAAAAGAAGAAGAAAAAGAAAUACCACAGACAAUUUAUCCGAGAAAUAAGUAAGUGGGUUCUUAUAUUGUAG